AGAAACUUAAAUAUAUUUGGUGGAUCUGGAUGGGUGGAUAUAAGGUUAUAGAUACAUAGCUAUAUGUAGGUUACAUAACCUAUCAAAAUGAAGCAUAAAAUAAUGAGUAGGUAGGUGUACCUACUAUACUUACUAAAAGAAACAAAAAUAUCACUAAAAACAAUUUUAACUAAUUUAAUAAGUGAGUAUAUAAGGUUUAAAUACUUUAAAUAACAACAUUAGUUUACUAAAGUCAUAUUAAGUAAACAUUUUAACAAGUAGGUAAAUAAUGUUAUCUCGCUUACAAUUAGGUACUAAACUCAAUGUCACAAGUUUAUCAGUAAACCGCCCAAUUCCUAAAUAUCAUACGUGGGAUGACAAUCAACCGCAUCUAGAAUCGUCCAAACUGUUAAAAUAUUAUAUCGUAAUAGUAUUAAUAGAAACAUUCAACGUAUGUACAACGUAGACGAACACUAAGCAUUAAUAAGGCGAUCUUCAUAUUGUUUGCGGAUCCACGUCACUGUCGUACGUGAGCGGGACAGCGCUAUCCAGUAUAGUGUCCGAUGUGUAUGCGCAUCCAAUGUGAAGACCACCUAACACUACUGACCACACUCGCACUUCGACGCUUUUUUCUGGGUCCGGCUUCUAAAAGCAAAAACCGGUUUACGUCUAUUUCAUUAUUUGUUGGAUCUAUAAAAUACCUAGUAAUUCGAUGGCACUUCGAAGAUUCACAGUGCAGAUCAUAAAUCUAAAGAAUAUCAGUCAAUAAUUUGGAUUGCAAUGUUGUCGCAGUGUACAGUAUUGGUGUUUGCAGUAUUCGUUGCGUUUGCAUUCAGCACAUCGCAUUAUGGAUAUUUCCAAGAAAACCGCGCCGCAGUGAGAGCAAAAAGGCAGGUUUGGGGCUCCACAACUGAGACCGCUGGAUCGUCAAAUGACUACAUAAACUAUCCAGAAAAUCAAAAUCAACAAUUACAAUACGUUAAGCAAGAUCAGCCAAAUGUGUCUUACAUCUACUAUACACCGCAAUAUAAUGAUUACUACAAACCCCCUCCGCCACCCCCACCACCACGUCAUUGGGAAGAAUAUUACUAUCCCUACAACAGAUUUCCUCCACCGCCGCCGCCACACGAUGGGAGGCAUCCCCGACAUCCAGAUGAUUUUGGUCCACCACACAGACCUCCUCCGCCUCCACCUCAUCAUGGUCCUCCAUCUCCACCGCCACCUCCAAACGAUGAAAGGCAAUCCCGACACCCUGAUGAGUUCGGUCCUCCACACCAUAGACCUCCUCCGCCUCCCCCUCAUCAUGGUCCUCCGCCUCCACCACACCAUGGACCUCCACCUCCACCGCCGCCUUCACACAAUGAGUGGCAAUCCCGAAAUCCUGAUGAGUUCGGUCCACCUCACCAUAGACCUCCUCCGCCUCCACCUCACCAUCGUUCACCGCCUCCACCUCACCAUGGGCCUCCGCCUCCACCACACCAUGGACCACCACCGCCACCCAACCAUGGUCCACCAUCUGAUGAUCGGAAGCCUCCACCUUCGCAGUCUUAUUACAAUUAUAACACUGACCAUGGCAACGAAGCCUAUCAGCAACCUGAUGGUCAUAGUCCACCUCAUGACACUUAUGAGCCUGUACCCCAAAAUCGUGGGCCUCCACCGAAUGGCCAAGGACCACCUAGUGCAAACGGACAACCCGGUGGACAUGAGCCACAUGGUAAUAAUGGGGUGCAACUUGGUAUUACACCUAGUAUUUCAUCCACCCAGAAUACUGUAAAUGAACAAAUUCUUCAAAAUCUUAAACUCAUCUUCAGGGAAGGUUUUUAUAAUAGUACUCAGAACGAUCAGACUCAAAAUGACUCAACGGAUAUCAAAAUUACCGGAAUAUCAAGGACAGAGAAACCUAAACGCAAAGGAGGGCAGCCGCUUAGUAAUAUCGAUGCAAAUACAAGCGAUACAAUAACUAUCACUCCCUCGCCUCAUUUAAAUUUUUUCCAAGUAAUACCUGUGACACCAGAAAGUUAUCGAAUAUAUGACCCGCCUUACAUGGUACAUUGUUAUGUCAACAGGCGGGUCAAUGUACGAAAAUCUAUAUGGAAAGCGACUUUUCUUUAUUAUGAAUUUGAUAUUAAUUUAUUUACAGAACAACUAAAAGUAACUGAGCUUCUGAGCCUUCAAGAUUACCACUUCACUGGUUUAACUAAGCGAUCUCCUCAAGGCGAUGUACCUUCAGGACCCGAAAGAAGUUUUCCAAACGAUGGAAGAUCAGAUCGCAAAAGAUCACCGGAUCCACCAAGCAAUCGAGGACCAUUCGGUAACAGAGGACAUGGUCCGCCUAGCGCAUAUGGGCUUGAAAAACAAGGACCACCACAAGGACAUGGACCACCUGGCUUACGGGGACCCCCUGACAGACAAGGGCCGCCACGUGGACAGGGACCGCCUGACAUACAUGGACCCCCUGAUAGGCAAGGGCCUCCAUAUGGACGCGGACCACCUAACAAACAGGGACCCCCUGGUAGAUACAAACAACCUAGCGAUCAUGGACCACCUCCUGGUGAGCGUGUACCACCCAGCGAACGCGAGUCACCUGGCGGGAACACAUCACCUGCACCUGGCGGGAACACAUCACCUACAGGUGGUCACGGACUCAAAGCCGGCCAACCUUUUAAUAGAGAAGAUGCCAAUAUUGAUCACUCAAUAGCUAAGACUCCAUCUCCUUUCCUAAACGUUUUUCAAGUCACUGCUGUGACGCCAGAAAGUUAAUUUGGUAAACAAAUCAUUAAAUUAAAAUAUUUGCCUCUUUCUGUUAGCUUGAGGAUAAGAUUGUAAUUAAUUACGUAUUGACAGAAAUAAGUAAACUGUUUACCAAUACA